GAGGCCUCCACUACCGUUCACUCGUCUCCACCACCACCACCACCACCAUCAUCUCCUCCUCCUCCGACGCGCGGCCAUGCACGCGCCCGCCCGCCUCGCUCCCUCCCUAUAAAUCCUGGCUCCCGCGCUCCCCACACUUCUCCAAGCCCAACAACUCCCAACCGUCUCUAGCUCUAGCUAAGCUUAGCCGCGGCCUCUUGAUCGACAAGCCUUCGCUAGCAGCAGCAGCAGAUCGCGUCUCGUCGUCCUAGAUCCCCGCGACAGCGACCUUGGAUACUGCCUGCGUGCGUAUAUAAGAAGAGGUAGACGGGUAGUGAUCGAUCGAUCCAUCCAUCCAAGAUUCACCAUUCAGCUCAGAGCUGCACGAACGCCUCUGCACUGAGAGUUUUUCAUAGGUUUCUGCGGUGAUGGAGCUCGCCGCAGCCGGUAGGACCGCCGCCAUUGCGCUGCUUCUCGCGCUUGCCUUCGCGUCGAGCUUCAUUAGCGCCGCCGAUGGCGCGAGGAGUGCCCGCCACCACCACGCCAAGCACGCCAAGCGCAACGCCGCGCACCCGCCGUCGCAGGCGCCGGGCCCCGCGGCGAGGCACGCCCCGGGACCGGCGAGGCACCACGGCGCGCCGGCUCCUCACCCGGGGCGGCGCUCUCCCCCGGCCCCGGCGCCGGCCAACCCGCCGUCGUCCGACCCAAUGCCUGGCGGGGCGCCGAGCGCCGCCCCCGCGGCCGGCGCGGCCACCGUGUACGACAUCGUCAAGGACUUCGGCGCGGCCGGGGACGGCGUGACGGACGACACCGACGCGCUCAAGACGGCGUGGGACACCGCGUGCGCGGACGACGGCGCGGGCGUCGUGCUGGCCGCCGCCGGUCGCUCGUUCCUGAUCCACACCACCGUCUUCACCGGGCCCUGCCAGGGCAGCGUCACGCUGCAGGUCGACGGGACGAUCGUCGCGCCGAGCGAGCCGGCGACGUGGCCGGCGAACAACAAGCGCAACUGGCUCGUCUUCUACCGCGCCGACGGCGUGUCGCUCGUCGGCGCCGGCCUCAUCGACGGCAAGGGCCAGAAAUGGUGGGAUCUUCCCUGCAAGCCUCACAAGGGGGGAAACACUCAUGGACCAUGUGACAGCCCAGUGGCGAUGCGGUUCGCCAUCAGCAACAACGUGACGGUGCGAGGGCUCAAGGUGCAGAACAGCCCGGAGUUCCACUUCCGGUUCGACAACUGCAACGGCGUGCGCGUCGACGGCCUGUCCAUCAGCUCGCCGGCGCUGAGCCCCAACACCGACGGCAUCCACGUCGAGAACACCUCGGACGUCCUCAUCACCAACACCGUCGUCUCCAACGGCGACGACUGCGUCUCCAUCGGCGCCGGCACGCUCAACGUCCACAUCGAGAACGUCACCUGCGGGCCCGGGCACGGCAUCAGCAUCGGCAGCCUGGGGAAGGCCGGGACCAAGGCGUGCGUGGCGAACGUGACGGUGCGGAACGCGGUGAUCCGGCACUCGGACAACGGCGUGCGCAUCAAGACGUGGCAGGGCGGGUCCGGCUCCGUGUCGGCGGUGGCGUUCGAGAACGUGAGGAUGGACGCGGUGCGCAACCCCAUCAUCAUCGACCAGUACUACUGCCUCUCCAAGAGCUGCGAGAACGAGACCACCGCCGUGUUCGUCAACGGCGUCUCCUACUCCGGCAUCCGGGGCACCUACGACGUGCGCGGCCCGCCCAUCCACUUCGGCUGCAGCGACGCCGUGCCGUGCACCAACAUCACGCUCUCCGACGUCGAGCUGCUGCCGGCGUCCGGCGACACCGUCGACGAGCCCUUCUGCUGGAACGUCUACGGCAACGCCGCCACGCCCACCGUGCCGCCGGUGUCGUGCCUCAGCUCCGGCUUCCCCAACUACACCGAGAAAAAGGACCUCCAGUGUUACUGAUGAUGUGAUGAGCAUGCCUGAGAUAGAGAUCAUCUCCGGUCAUCCCUGCAUGCAGCGACUUGUUUAAUUAGAGGAAAAAAGAAUUAAAAAAAAGAAGAGAGAGAAAGUAAUUAAACUAGUGCAGAUAAAUUUAAAAGGAAGAUUAAAAAGCUAGUAGCAUGGAACUAAAGGAUUAAUUACUAGUGUAUAUAGAAAGACGAAAAAUGUAAUAGUAAUAUAUGAUUUGUGCGAGAACUAAUGAAAUAUAUGUAGAAUGGUUUGCUUAAUUA